GCAGAGCAUUCUAGACUACUUUAUUAUAGUUUAUUUGACUUCCGAAGGAUUCGAUGAAACCCCGGUGUGGUCUGGUCAUUGCGUCAAUUUAGCCGUUUCAGCAUGAGACUCUUUGUAUAUAAAGCAGACAUCACUCUCUAUAUCACUUCACGUCAAUCCAGCUAAUCGAUAACUUGAAUUGAAUCAACAGAUAUCAUCUCAAGACAAGAUGAAAGCCUGGCUAUUCUUCCUCCCCCUCGUCCGCUGCGACGUGAUCUGGAACGGCUUCUUCGACGCCAACUUUACCGUCGACCACUUUGACAAAUGGUCCUGGUCUAACCAAAUCCCCCCGUACCAAUGGUACAUCCAUGGCUCGCAGCCAACCCCUCACUACCUGGGUCUCUCGGCUGAGUUCAAGAACCCGGCUUCCAAGGUCGAUGCCCAGGGCAUUCGCAUCACCAUUGACAACACCGCCUCCUGGAACGGCCAAACAAUGAUGCGCAGCGAGAUCAUCCCCCAGAAAGCCGCAGGCGUGAACCUAGGCCAGGGACAUUUGUACUAUCACUUUUCGGUGUCGACUAGAGAAACCAACGCUCCGGAUCCGAGUCUGGAGCAUCAGAUUGCUUUCUUUGAGAAUCACUUCACCGAGCUCAAAUACGGCCGGCUCAGCGGUACUGCUGACGAUAAUACCCUCCGUUGGAUGGUGGGCGGACAGACGAAGUGGGCGACGCAGCUGGUCCCCGGGACGUGGUACAAUUUCGCGUAUGAUGUCGAUUUCGACGCGAAGACGGUGGGCCUAUGGGCGUCGACGGGGGCAGAGGCGCUGAAGAAGGUCGUGGAGAAUAUUGGGGCGAAUACGUUUACUGAUUCUCAGGAUUGGCAUGUGGGUGAGCUGAGGCUGGAUAAUGGGGCCAGCGCCCCUGCGGAGGAUUGGUUCUGGUCGGGGGUUUAUAUUGAGAGUGGGAAGGUGACUACGGAUGUGGCUGGGCCCUGGUGA